CCGUCUAUAAAGACGUUGUCGCAACGAUCAAGUCCUCUUAUUCGUUACGCCAUCACUGACCUCACAAAAUGAGUCUCAAAACCGUAGCCGUGUUCUUUGUGGCCUUUGCACUCACUUCUCUUACCUCGGGGAAGAGCCUUCAGCCUGUUAGCGGAGAGUGCGAUGAAUGGGAACAGGAGUGUCCCAACGGAUGUUGUCCCAAUGCUGGAUGGGUCUGCUGCUCCAAUGGACAAGAGUGCGCUGCCGUAGAGAGCGAGUGUAACGCCACAGAAAGCGUCUUGGAUGCCAGGCCUCUGAAAUCUGCAGAGGAAGAUUGCAAUGGAACGCUUUGCCCGGGCGGGUGUUGCCCUCAGAAUGAUUGGAUCUGUUGUCCAGAUAACAAAUUUUGCGCACCCGAUUUCCUGACUUGUCCUCCAGCAAUUAGUUUAUUAAACUGUCUCGCACUAAUCACAACCUCUAUUUGGCACGUCAACAUGAAAUUGCUUUUGGCGCUCAUAUGCCUCUCCCUGGGGAUCCAUAGUGCCCAUAUUGACAUUCCUAACCACGGUCACUUGUCCACCCAACUGAAGCAGUUGCGGGUGUCUACCAAAUGUGCCGGAACAGAAUGUCCAGGAGGAUGUUGUCCUGAGAUGAACUGGUCGUGUUGCCUGGACGACGCCCAUUGCGCCCAAAACAACAGCCUGUGCGUUCAAGUCCACCCACUCCUUCGUAAAUUGAAGUCCAGAACCUCCAGUCGCCAAUGUGAUGGUACACCCUGUCCAGGGGGAUGUUGUCCAGAGGUCGGUUGGGUUUGCUGCGAGGAUGGCCUCAGCUGUGCCAGCUCACCCGAUAAAUGCGAGGUGAAGACCGCGUCCCACUCCUCUUGUACCGGAACCAAGUGUCAAGGGGGAUGUUGCAACGAGAAAAACUGGUUCUGCUGCCAGGACCAAAGAACGUGCGCCUCAUCAGCUGACCGUUGUAUUGGAUUUCCUGAAGCCAAGCCAGUCCUAGUGACCAAAAGUCGGCAGUGCGACGAAGGAACUGCUUGUCCUGGAGGUUGUUGUGGUGAGUCGGGUUGGGUUUGUUGCGAAAAUGACGUCUACUGCGCUCCCAGUGCGGAUUUCUGCCCUCCUGUGGAUGUAACCCCUAUGAAGAAAUACGGUGAUUUAAUGGAACCAAGGAAACCUUGUGAAGGUCUGAUUUGCCCGCUUGGCAGCUGCUGUCCGCAUGAGGGAUGGGUGUGUUGUCCUGACGGACUGAAUUGCGCGUUGGAAGAGUCCCUAUGCCCAUCGCAGAGUCUUCUUUAGCCAAAUUGAUCCAAUGAAGUAAACAGUGAUUGGAAACUU